AUCUGUCCUGGAUCUUGCUUUGUAGACCAGGCUGGCCUCGAACUCACAGAGAUCCACCUGCCUCUGCCUCCCGAGUGCUGGGAUUAAAGGCAUGCGCCACCACGCCCAGCUCACAUCCCUACUUUUGUGACUUCAUUGCUUUUUAAAUUUUUUUUUUUUUUUUUUUUUUUUUUUUUGUUCUUUGGUGCUGAGCCUGGGACCUGGAGCAUGCUAGAGACAGGGUCUUGCUGUUAAACCCAUAUUGGCCUUGAACUGGAGAUCCCCUCGCAUCCCCCAUGCGUAAGGAAUGCAGUUAUGUGGCACCCACCACCCCCCCCUUGCUGGUCCAUUCAAAUCUCUUGCCCAGUUUUGGAUUUUGUUGUUGUCUCUUAAUGCUUUGUGUUUUUAUUCUUUUGUAUGGACUCAUAUUUACUAACACCUUUUAUGGGGGAGCUUUGGGGACCAGGUUAUGGGUGUGUUUCUCCUGGGAAAGACUUGUAUUUACUUCUGCCUAAGGUAUUGAAGUCAUAUGUCUACUUUAAAUGGAAUCUCCCUGUUCUUUUCUGGGCCAGAGGGGUAAUGUAAUUCCCUGUGCUCAGUCUUGCUGUGGUUUUGUGAUUUUAUUUUCUGAAGAACAACAGUAAAGUCAGAAUCCAUGGUUCUUACGGGCCACAUUAUUUUGAAGCCAUGAAUGUUUAGGAAAAGCCGUACCAUAUAUACUUAUGGACCCAUUUUUAUCCCUAGGUUCUAAAGCCUGAUGGAGUUAUGACUUUUCUGAGUUAAAAAAUAUAUAUCAGCUGUCAUUUAAUUCAGAAUACUUUAUUUCAGGACAAUAUGUGUGUGCUAUUUGGACAAGUCAGUCACUGUGUAUAUUUAUGGGGAUAUAAUGUGAUGUUUUAUUGUUUUUCAUUGUAGAAUGACUACAGUAAAUUAAAUAUAUUCUUACCUCAAGCACCCCUACCCUCUCUGUGGGCAUGCACCUGAAAGAUAGUGUGUGCUUUGUAAGAGUUAUUUUGGAGAGGUGCUGGGGAUUGUAGCCAGGGCCUUGAUACACUAGACAAGUGCUGUAUUUGUGUGUGCCUUUUAAAUUUGCUACCCUGAACAUGACACAUUAAUUAUUAACUUUAGUGCCCCAACAGGGAAUAUAAACCGCAAGAGAUAGUGCUUAGCUCUGGAAAGAAUCUUAACAAAUGCUGAUGGUUCCAAUGUUUCCCAUCUUUAUCUCCAAUCAACACUAAGAUUGUGUGGGUUUUUCUUUCGGUGCAACAGUACUCAACGGUGUAUGGAUUACUUGCAAGCACUGUACUGAAGCCAUCUACUCUUGGUUCAACACCGAAAAGCUAAGGAACCCAAUCUACAUCCUUUGUAAUGAAAGCAGCUUGUUUGGGGUACAAUCCGGUGUGCUCAAAGAACUGCUGUUGUCACACUUCAUCUGGAAGACUCUGAAUCCUUUCCCUAAGCAACAGUGCAUUGAGUGGAUCUUUCAUGAAAGCUUUGGUCAGUGUUCCAAACGGGAUAGGGAGCUGCGACUUCAUUAGGAUUGGAGAACAGUUUGUUUUCCCCCCACUGUGGUGGCUUUGGUGAGCCCCUCAGUCCUGCACAAGGCAAGCGCUCUACCACUGAGCUACAGCCCUGUAUCAAGCUUUGUUAUUUACCACCUACCACUUACAGCCUUUAAGCUGGGAGGACAGAGCAGGUCACUGUCAACAUGAACCUAUUACCUAAAUUUGUUUACAGGAGCAGUCCACUGAAAGGGAUUCAGGACCACCCACGCCCCCAACACACUUUAAAGCUACCCCCAAAACUUCCAGCACCCGUUUGAGAUCAACCUCCACACAGCUAAGACCGCUUGAAAGGGCAAGCCAAUGAGGUGGUGAAGCCUUAUGAGCGGCAUGUUGUCUGGCCAAUGGGCUGAGCUUCUGGGCUAGGGAGACCCGGAAAUCAGGACUUGGGGCACGUGGCUUAUUUUAAGUGGCCGGUCGGGUGGUGAAGGUGGUGUUCUUCCAAGGCAUCGUGCUUCAGGGCCCUGACGACUCGAGGCCAGGUGAGAGGACAGAGUCAGAUGCGGACAGCCAGGAGGGUCAAGGCGCCCUGGGGCAGGCUUGAUGGGCCUUGGCUCAAGCUCCUGGUGGUGCGCAGGGCGCUCUCGGGCAGGGCCCGCCCCUUGGGCUAGCUCCUACCCCACGCCCCUCCCCCAUCAGCACGAGGUGGUGUGGGCGGCGGGCAGGGCGGGGGGCAGGGCGGGCUAGAAUUCGUUAUUCCAGGCCGAGUGUGUGGGAGGAACGCAGUGCCUGGAAUAGGAGGGAAGAAAGGUGCCUCGAGGAGGAAGGGCGCCCGCGGCUCGGGGUUCAGUGGCACAAGACCUACCAAGAAGUCUAGGCAAGGCGCGGCUGGCCACAGUCCAGCUGGUCGAGAGGUAUUUUGCUCUUGUGGCCCCCGGGUGGCAUUCACUUAGAAGGACUUGGCCUCGGGUUGGGUUUGAGGCCUAGUGCCCCAGCCCAAAGGGCACACACGUGGAGAAGCAGAAGGGCCUGGUCCAGGAUCCUUCACUGGCCAGUGUGGGAGAACCAACCUGAAGGAAGGACCUUCUGGAAGAGGAGCACGGGUCUGUGUAUGUGUUCAUAGAAAGGUAAAAAGGAACCCAGAGGUCUGUAUUAUAGCAUCACUUCCUAUAUACCAGUUAGACAGCUGACUUUCAGAUUCUUAGGUGAGGCUAGGGUGGUGUGGCAAAAAGUGCAGGCUACUAAGGAGCGGGUUUAGCAAACACAGGGCAGAACUGCUGUAGUCGUUGAUGAUGGAAGGCCUUAGUAGCUUUUAUAGUAUACCAGAGACAGUACUUCAGCUCAAAGGAUUUUGGAAGCUCUUAAAAGCUACUUCCAUCUGGACCAGCACUGAGGAGUAGAGUGUCUUAUCUUCUUUCUACAUGUGGCUGGAUUUCUCUGUAGCUAAUAGUGCAGGCAGGUUUUCAAAAGCUCAGAAAAGGUUCCUGAGGUUGGAGUGUAGCUCAGUGGUCUAAGGAAUGCUUAACGUGCAUAAGGCCUUGGGUUUGAUCCCCAGCACAGGAGGGAAAAAAGGAAGAAAGGAAAAAAUUCUUCAAGGAUCAGGAACAGGUCAGGACAAUGAAAGAAGCCCUUACAGAGUGAGUCUUGAAAUCUGUAAAUUAUAAAAUGAUUUUGAAGAGGCCUGGUAGGUUUGAGAUAGGCUCAGGGGCUCAUCCCUCCUUAGUUGGGGAGGGAAGGAAUUAAAUGGAGCCUGGGAGAGUCAGCAGGUAGUAUGGGCUCAAAGCAGGAAGGUUUUGUUCCCUGGAGACCUCAGUCCUGCUGGUGUUUGAAAAAAACUGGAUAAAGAUUCAGAAAAGCAACUAAACCCAACAGAGUAGAGUAGAAUGCAGUUAUAGAUUGGGUGGUAGGGGGAGCUGACAUAGGAGAAAAACAAAGCAAAAAUCAUACAUAGUUGUUGACAAUAAUUUUAUGGUAUAGAGGUAUUAACCACAACCAAAAUCAUCCCCAUACAUAAAAAAUGUUGUUUUCUGCAAUAGGUGGUUAAUUGGUGGACAGUUUCCAGGGAGGCUGUUUAGAUAGACAAACUCAAGGAAGGCUUUAGUUAGUGGAGGUGCUUAGAAUGUUCUUAGCUCAAAUAGGAGCCUUAAUGAGACGUGGGAACUUACUCCUGUAAUCCCAGCACACAGAAAGAUUGCAAGUUCAAGGCCUGCCUGAACUACACAGCAAGACCCUUUCUUAAAAAUAAGAGGUGUGAUGGCACAUGCCUGUUUUCCCAGCACUUGGUAGCUUGAGUCAGGAGGAUUGUCAAGCAUUCAAGGGCAGGCAGAGCUACACAGCAAGACCCUGCCUCUAAAGAAAAUUUUUUUGUUUUUGUUUUUUGAGACAGGGUUUCUCUCUAUAGCCCUCAAUGUCCUGGAACUCACUGUAGACCAGGCUGACCCCAGAACUCACAGAGAUCCGCCUGCCUCUGCCUCCCAAGUGCUGGGAUUAAAGGCGUGCAUCACUCACUGCCUCCCGGUGAAAAAAAUUUUUAAUUUAAAAAAGAAACCUUUGAAGUGAAUCUGUUACAGGAGACUGGUGCUGUCACUAAUCUGACUUCUUUUGGAGGAAAGAAAAGGCAAGCAGUGAGAAUUUAAUUUUUUUUUUAGUUUUUUGAGGAUAUUAUACCUAUGUGUUAUGAUUGUACUCGUUCCUUCUCCAAAAUUCUUCCCAGAACUACCCCCCUUCCCUACCUGCCCAACCUGUGUUCUGUUUUCUUUUUUUAAAACACCCAUCAAAUCCAAUUUGUGUGACCCAUAUACUCCUGGAUGUGUGGCCUUUUCCUGGAGUAUGGUCAGUUUACUAGAGGCUAUAAUGCUGAAGAAAAAUGACCACUCCCUACCCCACCCCCAGCUAUCAAUUGCCAAUAGCUCUUUGGCUAGGGAUGGGACUUCGUGUCCACUUACCCUCCAUGCUGGGAGCUGAUAUGGCUUGAGCAGUAACUACUUUCUAAUUGCAUGUAAGUUCCACUGCACAAGAUGAAAGCCAUCCCUGGCACCGUUUGUCGGGCCAAGAACAUGUGACUAGACAGAUCCUAGGCCGUAGGGUAGAUUCUUGUUACUGUCAUUCUGCUUAAUGGACAUAGAAUUGAACAGACUCCUAAUGACUUAUUACACCCAUGGAUUAAUACAUCUCUCAACUCUCAUCAGAAAAGCUUCUAUUUACAAUAGAUGGUGUAUCUUUAAUCCUUUGAAAAUGCUGGCAGGUAAUUAAUCAGAAGAGAAUCAACAGUCAUUUCUACAGUCUCUUGAUGGAUCCUGUUCGGCCAUUGUUCAGGGGGCCCACCCCUGUCCAUCCAUCUCAGUGUGUUCGGAUGCCAGGCUGUUGGCCACAAGCUCCUAGACCUUUGGACUCAGCCUUUGGUAGGGCAGGACCUACAGGCAGAGGCCUUGUCUUUAGAAAGCCAGAGGAAUCCAGCCCACAGCUCCAGCCAGUACAAAAGGAGUCUGUGGGUUUGGUGUCCAUGUUCCGUGGCAUGGGCCUUGAUACGGCCCUCCGGACCCCUUCAAAACGAGAAGCGCCUUCUUUAGGCAGAGGCGUUUUAGGUCGAGGCUUGUCUGCUAACAUGGCCCGCAAAGACAGAGAAGAACCCCGUUCCUCUUUGCCUGAUCCUUCGGUACUGGCAGCUGGGGACAGCAAGCUGGCAGAGGCUUCAGUUGGUUGGAGUAGAAUGCUGGGAAGAGGCAGUUCUGAUGUCUUGUUACCGCUGGGAAGAGCAGCCAGUAGUAUAGGCAGAGGAGUGGAUAAGUCUCCCAGUGCCUUUGGCCUGACUGCUCGGGAUCCCCCACGGCUGCCACAGCCUCCAGCUCUGUCUCCGACCUCACUGCACUCUGCAGAUCCCCCUCCAGUCCUGACUAUGGAGCGAAAGGAAAAAGAGCUUUUGGUCAAGCAAGGAUCAAAAGGAACCCCUCAGUCUUUAGGACUGAACCUCAUCAAAAUCCAGUGUCACAAUGAAGCAGUGUAUCAGUAUCACGUGACUUUCAGCCCCAAUGUGGAGUGCAAAAGCAUGAGGUUUGGCAUGUUGAAGGACCAUCAAGCUGUCACAGGAAACGUCACUGCUUUUGAUGGGUCUAUUCUCUAUCUUCCUGUUAAGCUUCAACAAGUUGUUGAGUUAAAAAGCCAGAGAAAAACUGAUGACGCCGAGAUCAACAUCAAGAUCGAGCUGACGAAGAUUCUUGAGCCCUGCUCUGACUUGUGCAUCCCCUUCUACAACGUGGUUUUCCGACGGGUAAUGAAACUUCUGGAUAUGAAGCUUGUGGGGAGAAACUUCUACGACCCUACAAGUGCCAUGGUACUACAGCAACACAGGUUGCAGAUCUGGCCUGGCUAUGCAGCUAGCAUCCGGAGGACAGAUGGAGGUCUCUUCCUGCUCGCUGAUGUCUCUCAUAAAGUCAUUCGGAAUGACUCUGUGCUGGAUGUCAUGCAUGCUAUCUACCAGCAGAACAAGGAGCACUUCCAGGACGAGUGUAGCAAGCUUCUGGUCGGCAGCAUCGUCAUCACACGCUACAACAACCGCACCUACCGCAUUGACGAUGUGGACUGGAACAAGACCCCCAAAGACAGCUUUGUGAUGUCAGAUGGGAAGGAGAUCACAUUCCUGGAGUACUACAGCAAAAACUACGGGAUCACAGUUAAGGAAGAUGACCAGCCGCUGCUCAUCCACAGGCCCAGUGAGAGACAGAAUAACUACGGCACGCUGCUGAAGGGUGAGAUCCUGCUGUUGCCUGAGCUCUCCUUCAUGACGGGGAUCCCUGAGAAGAUGAAGAAGGACUUCAGGGCCAUGAAGGACUUGACUCAGCAGAUUAACCUGAGCCCUAAACAGCACCACACUGCUUUGGAAUGCCUGCUGCAGAGAAUUUCACAAAAUGAUACAGCCAACAAUGAGCUGACCCGCUGGGGGCUCAGUUUGCAAAAAGAUGUCCACAAGAUUGAAGGGCGUCUUCUGCCAAUGGAGAGGAUUAACUUAAGGAAUACUUCAUUUGUCACGUCUGAGGACCUGAACUGGGUUAAGGAAGUGACCAGAGAUGCUUCCAUCCUGACUAUUCCCAUGCAUUUCUGGGCACUUUUUUACCCAAAGAGAGCAAUGGACCAGGCCAGAGAACUGGUUAACAUGUUGGAGAAGAUAGCUGGCCCCAUUGGCAUCCGCAUAAGCCCCCCAGCCUGGGUUGAACUGAAGGAUGACCGAAUAGAGACCUACAUCAGGACCAUUCAGUCCCUCCUGGGAGUUGAGGGGAAGAUACAAAUGGUCGUUUGCAUCAUCAUGGGCACACGUGAUGAUCUCUAUGGGGCCAUCAAGAAGCUGUGCUGUGUGCAGUCCCCAGUGCCCUCCCAGGUCAUCAAUGUCCGAACCAUUGGUCAACCCACCAGGCUUCGGAGUGUGGCUCAGAAAAUUCUACUGCAGAUGAACUGUAAACUGGGUGGUGAGCUCUGGGGAGUGGAUAUUCCACUGAAACAGUUAAUGGUGAUCGGGAUGGAUGUAUACCAUGACCCCAGCAGAGGCAUGCGCUCUGUGGUUGGCUUUGUUGCCAGCAUAAAUCUCACACUCACCAAAUGGUAUUCGAGGGUGGUGUUCCAGAUGCCACAUCAGGAAAUUGUGGACAGCCUGAAGCUCUGCCUGGUGGGCUCCUUGAAAAAGUAUUAUGAGGUGAACCACUGUCUCCCAGAGAAGAUCGUGGUCUACCGAGAUGGAGUGUCUGAUGGCCAGCUAAAGACAGUUGCCAACUAUGAGAUUCCUCAGCUGCAGAAGUGCUUUGAAGCUUUUGAGAACUACCACCCCAAGAUGGUGGUGUUUGUGGUUCAGAAGAAAAUCAGCACCAAUCUGUACCUUGCCGCUCCCAAUCACUUUGUGACCCCCUCCCCUGGGACUGUGGUUGAUCAUACCAUAACCAGCUGUGAGUGGGUGGAUUUCUACCUUCUUGCCCAUCAUGUGCGGCAGGGCUGUGGCAUACCUACCCACUACAUCUGUGUCCUGAACACUGCAAAUCUGAGCCCUGAUCACAUGCAGAGGUUGACUUUCAAACUGUGCCACAUGUACUGGAAUUGGCCUGGUACUAUCCGAGUUCCAGCUCCUUGCAAGUAUGCCCACAAGCUAGCCUUCCUGUCUGGACAGAUUCUGCAUCAUGAACCAGCCAUCCAGCUGUGUGAGAACUUGUUCUUCCUGUAACUGGCAGCGUGGACACUGGCUACAAGGGGCAACUGGACUCCAGCUCUGCUCAUUCUCACAGAAUCAACAGAAACGGCAGUGGGGUUUUAUGUUGGCAUUUUCUCUUUCUCCAUCCUUGUAGAAUUAGAUUUCUCUUCUUUUAACCCUGGUAUUACAGUAGAGUGUGGUGGUGCAUGUCUGUUAUCCCAGCACUUGGGAAACUGAAGCAGAAGGAUCUUUAGUUCAAGGCCAACUAGGGCUACAUGGUGAGUUCUAGGCUAGCCAAGGUUACAGAGUGAGACCCUGUCUCAAAAAACAAAACCCCCAUCCCCCCAAAGCCCACAACAAAACCAAACCUUGCUAUCGGUCAAGGAAGCAAGUUUCUAGGUCCCAGCUACAAGCUGCAUUGCUGCUCUUGUAGAGCAGAGUGGUGUCAGCAGUGCUGCUCCUGUGUGAAGCGCAGCAUCAAGAACGCAGCAUUAGGGGGCCAGGUCAGUGAUAAAGCAUGCACUUAGCAUGUAAAAUCCCUGAGUCCAGUCCUCAUCAAUCCUCCUACCAAAAUAAGUAAAGACAAAAAAAAAAAAAAAAUAGCCCCCCAAGGCAACGUGAGCACUGGUGAUACCUGGAGGUCAUGCCUACAGGACCAUCCUAUUUCUGGUGCCAGAAGUGAUAGGAAGUCAUUGCAGACAUCUAAAUGAGAGAGUUACUUUACUGGGCAGCUGGGGAGGGCCAUAGAAAGGCCUGUGCAGCAUAGUGCUUCAGAGAGCGCAGCUGUGAGCAUGUGUGAAAGACAGGCAGUUAAAUCAGCACAAGGCACAGUCGAGCCCUAGAACCCACUUGUCUCAGGGAUGUGAGUGCAGCUACCCUGGCUUCCUGAGAGUCCAGCCAAAGCUGCUUCUCUGUACCUUUCAGCCCCUGACAGAUGCACACACACACACACACACACACACACACACACCUUUGCUCUUUGUGCUGAUCUUCAUUAAUUCCAUCAGAAUACAUGAGAAGGAUUCAGCAUAGGAACAUUCUAGAUGGAGUGUAGAUUUUUUUCUACAAAUGUCUGUAAAUGAGAUUUUGCAAGAGUUUCUUCUAGCUGUGGGCUGAUGUUGCUUGAAAUUUUCAAAAUCCAGGUUCAGGCUUCCCAAAGUUGGCUUGGAUAAAUGUGAGCUUUCACUUGAGUGAGACAUCUAAGAAGUUGUCCUCAGGCCUGUGGGCUUCAGUGUUUGGGGGAAACAUUGGUUUUCUGUGUGUUUUUUUUCCCUUCUGUUUCAAAAUCUUCAGAUUUCUUCAAAUGCACUCCUGGUUUUAUUUGGAGUCUGUGACCAAGGCUAGGCUGAGACCCGAAAUGUAAAAGCCACAGAAUUAAACAGAACAGACUGAAAAAUGGGUCUUUAGCUGAACAAAUUCUACUUCUUGGAUUUCUUUGGAAGUAUUUAGGUUUGUCCUUAGAAGUUGCUGUCUCUAGCACUCCUUUAUCUUUAGGUAGAGCAGGUACAUAACGUAAUGCCAGAAUGUCUGUGCUUUUCCAUACCUGAUGUUCUUGCCUUGUUUUUCAGUUUCAGUGCCAAGCAAUUGAGCCCUGUGGUGUGAAAUAAAAACCAUCUAUGUGUGUA